AUGAGAAUUAUCUUCACAUCCUCUAGCAGCGACCCAGUCUGUGGAAUGGUUCCGGAGAACGAAUCGUGUGCCCCUUUUCUGUCUUUCUUGCCUCGGAGCUGCAAGGAAAUCAAAGAAAGUUGCCAUAGAGCAGGUGAUGGCCUGUAUUUCCUCCGCACUGAGAAUGGUGUCGUCUACCAGACCUUCUGUGACAUGACGUCUGGGGGCGGAGGCUGGACCCUGGUGGCCAGUGUGCACGAGAAUCACAUGGCUGGGAAAUGCACGUUGGGUGACCGCUGGUCUAGUCAGCAGGGCAGCAGGGCCGACUACCCCGAGGGAGACGGCAACUGGGCCAAUUACAACACCUUUGGGUCUGCAGAGGCGGCCACCAGCGAUGACUACAAGAACCCUGGCUACUAUGACAUCCAAGCCCAGGACCUGGGCAUCUGGCAUGUGCCCAACCGGUCUCCCCUGCAGCAGUGGAGGAACAGCUCCUUGCUGAGGUACCGCACCAAUACUGGAUUCUUCCAGAGGCUGGGACAUAAUCUGUUUGGACUCUACCAGAAAUACCCAGUGAAAUACGGAAUAGGGAAAUGUUGGACUGACAAUGGCCCAGCCAUUCCUGUUGUCUAUGACUUUGGUGAUGCUCAGAAAACUGCAUCUUAUUACUCACCCUAUGGACAAAGAGAAUUUGUGGCAGGAUUUGUCCAGUUCAGGGUGUUUAAUAACGAGAGAGCAGCCAAUGCCCUGUGUGCUGGGAUGAGAGUCACCGGCUGCAACACUGAGGUCCACUGCAUUGGUGGAGGAGGAUUCUUCCCAGAGGGCAAUCCUUUGCAGUGUGGGGAUUUCUCCGCCUUUGACUGGACGGAUAUGGAAGACACAUGCUUACAGCCCAGCCGGGAGAUAACUGAGGCUGCUGUGCUCCUGUUCUACCGCUGA